AUGAAACUAUUCAAAACAGCUUCUUCAGAAUCUGUUCCUCCUUUAACAUAUCAAAGCGUUGUAACAAACACCUNAUUGUUGGGUUUGAGCAAUUUAAGAUAUCUUGCGACAGAAGAUCAGAUUAGGAAAAGCUAUCGUGAAGCUGCGCUGAAGCAUCAUCCUGAUAAACUCGCUACUCUCCUUUUGUUAGAGGAGACAGAAGAAGCCAAGGAAGCUAAAAAAGAUGAGAUAGAAUCUCGCUUCAAAGCGAUUCAAGAAGCAUAUGAGGUAUUGAUGGACUCGACAAGGAGAAGAAUUUUUGACUCCACUGAUGAGUUUGAUGACGAGGUCCCAUCGGAUUGUUUGCCGCAAGACUUUUUCAAGGUGUUUGGUCCAGCUUUCAAGAGAAAUGCUAGGUGGUCAGUGAAUCAGCGUAUUCCAGAUCUGGGAGAUGAAAACACACCACUUAAAGAUGUUGAUAAGUUCUACAACUUUUGGUACGCUUUCAAGAGUUGGAGGGAAUUUCCUGAUGAAGAGGAGCAUGAUCUUGAACAAGCAGAUUCCCGUGAAGAACGGAGGUGGAUGGAGAAGGAGAAUGCCAAAAAAACUGUGAAGGCUAGAAAGGAGGAGCAUGCUCGAAUCCGGACUCUUGUUGACAAUGCAUAUCGAAAAGACCCGAGAAUUGUGAAAAGAAAAGAGGAAGAAAAGGCUGAGAAGCAACAGAAAAAGGAAGCAAAGCUUCUGGCUAAGAAGAAGCAGGAAGAGGACGCUGCAAUUGCUGCUGAAGAAGAGAAAAAGCGAAAAGAAGAAGAAGAAAAGCGAGCUGCAGAAUCUGCACAACAACAAAAGAAAAAUAAGGAAAGAGAGAAGAAGCUCUUACGCAAAGAAAGGAAUCGUCUUAGAACUCUCUCAGCUCCUCUCGUGGCUCAGCGUCUGCUUGACAUUUCCGAGGAAGAUAUAGAGAAACUAUGCAUGUCGCUUAACACCGAGCAGUUGCAGAAUCUAUGUGAUAGAAUGGGAAACAAAGAAGGACUAGAAUUGGCAAAGGUGAUCAAAGAUGGAUGCGAUACUAGUAGAAAUGACGAAGCUGAAUCUAAAGAAAAAGAAAGUAAGAAGACCAACGGUGGCACAGAGCCUACAACACGAGUGUCUCAGUUAGAUAGUAGUACUGUGAAGAAACAACCAUGGAGCAAGGAAGAGAUUGAUAUGCUGAGAAAAGGAAUGGUAAAAUAUCCAAAGGGGACAUCUCGAAGAUGGGAAGUUGUUUCAGAGUACAUCGGCACAGGAAGAUCCGUAGAGGAGAUCCUGAAAGCAACUAAAACAGUUCUUCUACAAAAACCAGAUUCCGCUAAAGCAUUCGAUUCAUUCCUCGAGAAAAGGAAACCCUCUGCGUCAAUCGCGUCCCCUCUCUCCACAAGAGAAGAGCUCGGAGAAUCUCUACCUACGGCGACGACCACAACAAAGGCAAGCCCUUCUAAAGAAACUGUUGUGGCGAACAGUCAGAGCUCAGACAACAAUGGUGAAGCAGGUGCAAGUUCAGACACAGAUGGCUGGUCAACUGUGCAAGAAAGAGCUUUGGUUCAAGCUUUGAAGACAUUCCCAAAAGAGACAAGUCAAAGAUGGGAGAGAGUAGCUGCAGCUGUUCCUGGGAAAACGAUGAUUCAAUGCAAGAAGAAGUUUGCAGAGCUUAAGGAAAUCAUUAGAAACAAGAAAACGGGAGUGUAAGUUAAAAAUAUAUUUUGGGAGUCCCAAUGAGAAUUUUGGGUUUUAAUCCUCUUUGGGGCACCGUUACUUUGCGAGAAGCAAGACCUAAAAACACUUUUUAUUAUUUGUAAUGAUUCAUUUCCCUUUUGAUGUCGCUAUAUAUAUUGAGAAUGCUUGAGCCACUACUAUCUAAUAUAUAAUUUUGACAUAA